AUGCAAUGCAAUCAUGCUCUCGCUCAAUGCUCUACAUUCCUUUAUAAGUACAAGAAGCCUUUACAGAUGCAUGCUGUUGUGGAGGAAUUAGCAGAGUUAGGAGCGUCUGUGCAUACAUGCUCUAGGAAUGAGUCAGAGCUUAACGAAUGCAUACGCAAAUGGGAAAUCAAAGGUCUCAAAGUCACUGGUUCAGUCUGUGAUUUAUCAUUUCGAUCAGAGCGAGAAAAGCUAAUAAAACAAGUCUCUUCUCUAUUUAGUGGCAAACUUAACAUCCUUAUAAACAAUGUUGGGACUAAUAUGUUCAAGCCGACUGAAGAGUACAAGGCUGAGGAUUUCUCACUUAUCAUGACUACGAAUUUGGAGUCUGCUUAUAACUUGUCCCAACUUGCACAUCCUCUUUUGAAAGCUGCAGGGUCAGCAAGUAUUAUCUUAAUGUCUUCGGUUUGUGGAGUAGUAUCAGUAAACGUUGGAUCUAUAUAUGCAGUUACAAAAGGUAUGUAG